AAAACUCAAAAUACUAUCAUCUUUGAGUAAGUGGAGUGAGAGAAUGAGUAGUCUUCUUCUUCACGCGCCAAUGCAACUCGCAGUAACAAGCAAAAUUCAGAAUGCUUCUCUUUGUUUCCAUGGAAGCCGCCAUUUUCCAAAACCAACAUCACCAGCUUCCAUCUCAAAUCUCACCUUUCGCUCCUCAACAGUGCAACAAAGCUUCUUCCCACUCUUACACAAAUCAACUACCUCUAUUCCACAUUCCAAACACCCUAACUCAGAUCACCGAAUCGUCGCAGUUAACUCAGUGAACGGAGACAGCUACGUGGCUGAGUCUCCGGCCAAGGAGCUUCGACAAAUCCUGAACACGCCGGGGAUCCACUCAAUCCCUGCUUGUUUCGAUGCUAUCAGUGCCAAGUUGGUAGAGAGAGCUGGUUUUAAGUGCACCUUUGCUGGAGGAUUUGCAAUAUCAGCAGCUAGAUUGGGGUUGCCUGAUGCUGGGCUUAUAUCGUAUGGAGAAAUGGUGGAACAGGGAAGACAGAUCACUCAAGCUGUGUCCAUUCCUGUUUUUGGAGAUGCUGAUACUGGAUAUGGGAAUGCCAUGAAUGUCAAAAGAACUGUCAGGGAGUACAUCAGAGCUGGUUUUGCUGCCAUUAGUCUUGAAGAUCAGGUAUCUCCCAAAGCUUGUGGACACACACAAGGGAGGAAAGUGGUGUCAAGAGAGGAGGCAGUGAUGAGGAUACAAGCAGCGGUGGAUGCAAGGAAGGAGAGUGGAUCGGACAUUGUGAUUGUGGCGAGGAGUGACUCUCGUCAAGCUGAUUCUAUGGAAGAAUCACUCUGGCGAGCAAAAGCUUUUGCUGAUGCUGGUGCUGAUAUCAUUUUCGUCACUGCUCUCACUUCGAAACAAGAGAUGAUUGACUUGUGUAAAGUUGCUCCUCAUGUUCCUAAACUGGCAAGUAUGCUUGAAGGAGGGGGAAAGACGCCCAUACUUAGUCCAACAGAACUUGAGAGUAUUGGAUAUAAACUUGUGCUUUAUCCACUUUCCUUGCUUGGGGUAUCCAUCCGAGCAAUGGAGAAUGCACUUACCUCUAUCGAAAAUGGGCAUAUUCCUCAUGAAAGCAUGCCGACUUUUGAGGAGUUGAAGGAAAUUGUGGGUUUCAAUGAUUAUAGUCAAGAGGAAAAGCGGUAUGCAUCUUGCAAUGGUCACUAGUUUCAACAUAGACAAGACAUAACUCAAGAGACGGACCUUUUGUACCCUGCUGCCGCUGCUGCUCCUCCUCCUUUACCCAAAAAGAUUAUCAAACAGUUUUGUAUUUUUUUUCUUUGGAAUAAUUUGAGUUCCUCAGAAUAAAAACUAAGAUCUUUUCGGAUCAAGAUUGGUUUUGAUUGUUUGUUAUAUGGGCAUCUUGAUUCUUCAGCAUAAACAAUAAAGAUCCCAGUUUUGUACUGAUUUGAAUAAUUUAGCCUAUUAGGCAGCAGAGCAGAAAGCAUAAUCAAGUGAAGUACUCUGCUUUUUGAACUUUAGUAUGUACUAUGCUGUGGAUCGGCCCCUUUUUAAUAAUGUUUAAUUUUUAAUCUAUUUAUUUUUU